UCCAAGUGUGGUUUUAAUUCUGAUCAUACCGACUGUUUCUCCUUACCAUUUAGUUAAGUCAGCUGACUGGGAAUGAAAAAUAUUUCAAGGUCCCGAGAUGUUUCAAAAUAACCGUCAUUUUUGUAAUUACUUCUCUGACAUAAGAAAUCACAUAUCUUUUUACUACAUAGUUUAGUACAUCGAGUUACUCUUCACCGUCUACUUAGACUACGUAAAAAUUAAAAAAAUGAAACUCAGAUUAUUUUUUGUACUGUUCUUCACUGUAUUUAGUGUUAGUUUUUCGGAUAAUAAGCUAAAAUGUGAUUACAAUAGUGAGAAAUUUAAUUGCCGGCUUACGUCAAAGACUCCUUAUCGCUUCAUUGCAAACUAUGAUGACAGUGAAAUUAAAUUCCCAGGUUGUAAAGCAAAGAAAAUUUGGCUGUUAAUAAGACACGGAACUAGGUACCCAAAAAAAAAAGUUAUCGACGCAAUGGCUGGACUCGAGAAAUUCCGUGAUGAAAUUUCGAAAAGUUGUGAAAACAACAAAUGUCAGCUGGCUGAGAAACAACAGACUAAUCUAGCUAAUUGGAGGUUUUCUAUAGGACAAAAUGAGCCGAUGGCGUUGGCUGAAGAAGGUGGCGUUGAACUACGUGGCCUUGCUGAGAGAUUUCAGGCACGGUUUCCUGAUUUGAUGCCUGAGAAAUACGAUAAUCGAACUUAUAAAUUUAAAUUUACAGACAGACAAAGAACUAAAGAAAGCGCUGGAAAUUUUACAGUAGGUUUAUUCGGAAAAAAAGGGAGUUCUGAUGUCGAAUAUCCGCCAGUUGAUGCAAAAGAUAAAAUAUUAAGAUUUUACAAAGCAUGCGACAAAUGGCAAAGAGAUGUCGACGACAACCUUGAAGCGUACGCAGAAGUUGAAAAAUUCAGAUCUUCUCCGGUGAUGAUUCAAACGCUUAAGAAUUUAUCUAAUCGGCUCGGUGUAACCGUUGACUUCGACAAACUGAAAUCAAUUCGAGCAACGUGCGCGUUUGAGACUGCCUGGAAUGAGAAUUCUAAAUCUCCCUGGUGCGAGCUUUUAUCACCGGAUGAAUUUCUGAUUAUGGAAUUCAGUCAUGACCUUAAGUACUAUUGGAUUGAUGGGUACGGAUAUCCUUUGACGUAUCAGCAUGCGUGUACCGCUAUCGGGGAUAUGUUUAAGUUUUUAAAUACUGACGACGAAUUAAAGGUAUCUGCGUAUUUCACCCACUCAGGAACAAUUUUGAAACUCUUAUCUCUUUUGGGAAUAGCAAGGGACCCGAACCCGCUUCUCCACAACUCCUACAAUUCAUCAAAAGACCGCUUGUGGCGAGUGAGCCUUAUCGACGCUUUUGCGUCAAACUUAGCAUUUAUUUCCUACGACUGUCAGUCACAAGAGCCAAUAAAGUCGUCGAAAGAAUCAGUAGCAGAAGAAAAUAAAAAAACGCCCAGUAUUUUAGUCAUGCAUCAAGAACGAAUCGUAAAUCUUCCUGGGUGUCCAAAAAACUCUCCCUGUCCGCUGGCAGUCAUGAGAGAUAAAUAUCCUGAUGAAGAAGACGAGUGUCAGUUUGAAAAGAUGUGCAAGCUGUAACAAACACUAUUUAGACAUUAUUUACACUAGGACGGUACUUGGAUCUCCUUAAUUACCGGCAUGGAGGUAAAUGAUAAUUAAUAAAUGUCGUAGUUAAGACGUCAGACUUCCUGGUAGAAUAA